AUGUUUCCAAGUAAAUUGUAUGAUCUACAAUUGACCCCCUCUUUGAACUCUCUAAACUGCGAUUUGGAGAGUGCCAAAUUGAUGGAAUCAUUCAAAAAACUCCUAAUGGAAGACGACAAAGAGGUCUUGACUCCAGCACUGGACUUAAUGAAGGCCAUAUCACACGCUCUCUACGGGACAGUGGUCUAUUGGAAAUCAUUAAGCGAGAAAUGCAAAGAAGAAGACCUCAACACUGUGAGUCAACUGUUGCAGAGGAAAAUAGUCAUUUAUGAUAUGUGCGAGAAUGAGGAUCUCAGAUGUCAGAUCAUCAAUUUUGGGUACAAAAAACGCAUCUAUUUGGCACGUUAUCUCAACUAUUUUUAUGUCGUCGGCAAGAAGGGCAGUGGGGAAAAGCAUAAAUUGAUCAAAGAUAUUCUUCUGGAUGUAAUUAAUGACAUUAUAGGUUUACCUAUAAGAAGACACAAGCGAUCAUACUCCGAUCCCUUCAAAUACCUAUCUGAUCAGAAGGACAAUCGAAUCAAUAAGGUGAAUGUUAAGAAUGUACCCCUCUCUCCAUCCAAUAUAUCGCGAACCAGUUUGCAAAUGCAACUCCUAGAUGAAAUCAACCAAGACGGGGAUCUCCUUAUGAAAGAAUGCAAUUCACUCAUCAAUUCAUCCACUUCUCAGAAUGAUCUGUUGCAAUCUCUGAACUUAAAUUUAUAGGAAGGCACCAAUAUUCUCUCGAAUAUCAGGUAUUUCGGUACUCUUAAGUUUUAUGACGAGGCCAGAGCAUAUGGGUUUAUUAUCAUGGAUUUGGAUGGCAGUGAUUUGUUUGUUCAUUGUGACGAUCUCACCAAAGCAGGAAUGACCAAAGAUUUUUUAAGGACUGCUAAACAUGGAAAUAUCAUUAGAUUUUCAUUUCUGAUACUGGAAUAUUUUGGAAAGUAUAACAAGAGCAAAAAAGCGGUUGACUUGCAAUUUAUUCAAAGUUAACCUUAUUUCAUGUGA